CCCCCGCACGCUCAAGUUUUCCAAAAAAACAAAAACAAAAACAAAGUUCGAGCACAACCCAUCACUCACUCACUCACUCACCGAACGAAAACAAAACAUGGACAACCCACCACAAAGACUUCUACAAAUCCUCCUCUCCCUUCUUUUCCUCCUCCCGCUGAUCGCGGCCCAGACGUUACGUGAUCCCACCGGCUUCGGUCCCUGCAACAUGUGCGUCCUCCUCGAUGACCCGAGACAGCUGACGCCGUGCAGUCAGGCGUGGCGCGACCUGAUCGCCGUGUGCUCGUCGCAGACGUGCUCCGAGUGGGCCCCCCACGUGUCCAAGGCGCCGCCCCUCUCCUCCUGCACCAACACGCCGAACGACCUGCCCGGCGGCACGGCCAGCGCCGGCUUCAGCUUCGGCACCUUCACCAGCGUCGCCAGGAGCUCCGCCGCCGGGACCGGAUCGGCCGCCAGGUCCACGCUCGACAGCGCCAGCGCCACCUCGCGCAAGGGCGCCACGGGACCGAACGAGACCGGAAAGUCGGAUAGCGGGGCUGGCAGGGUGGUCGCUGGAGGGUUGGGGAUGGGUUGGUUGUGGGAGGUCGUGUUCUUGGCUUGGGGUGCUGUUUGGUAGUCUCUUUCUUUUAUGUUUUUUUUUUUUUAGGGGGGGAGGGGGGAGGGGGGAGGUUGGCUUUCGCUCGUUCUUUAUUAUUUAUUCUUCCCUUCUCACCGUCUUUCUCUAUGUGUAUUGUUGGAAAAAUGGAUCGGUGUGAUAUGAUAUUGGAAAUCUCUCAAGUGAGCGAGUGAGCGAGUGGGUGAUGGAUGGUUGUCGCAACUCGAGUGAGAUCCUAUGAUAUCUUGCAUGCCGUGUGAAUGAUAAGUUAUGUUACUUUG